AACUAUUUUGAGAUACAAUGGAACUAAUGUUCUUUACGUUGAGGCAGAAAUACUUGGUAGUUUUGGUUGUGACUAUACAGUCCCUGGUUUUGGCAAGAGUAAGUGAUUGUUAGGAAAGCAGUUAUGUAGGUAUAGUUGAUUUACAUUGUUGUGUUGAUUGGUGCUGUAGAGCACAGGGAUUCAGAUAUACAUAUUUUCUUUUUCAUAUUCGUUUCCAUUAUGACUUAUUACAGGCUACUGAAUAUAAUUCCCCAUACUCUGCAGUAGGACCUAGUUGUUUAUCUAUUCUACAUAUGUAAUAGUUUGCAUUAAGAGUAAGCCUUUUAACUGACCCUCUUGGCUCCAGUUCGUCCUCAAACCACUGUCCGAAUAACCUUUAUAAAAUACUAAUUUCUUCAUUCUUAAAGUUGUUCAAUAGCCUUCAGGAUGAAAUUCGUAUGUUUUAUCUUGGAUUCCACAGCCACUGCUGAAGUCUAACUUACUUUCUACUCUAAUGUCACAUGAUCUGGUUGCAAAGCUUAUAAUUGCCUGAAAGUCAUAUGCUCACUCUGGAGUUCCCCUUGUGGCUCAGCGGUUAAGGUCUGAUGUUGUCUCUGAGGGAUGUUGGUUUGAUCCCCAGCCUCGCUCAGUGGGUUGAGGAUCCAGCGUUGCCUUCAGCUGUGGUGUGGGACACAGAUACAGUGCAGAUUUGCUACUGCUAUGGCUGUGGCCUGGGCCACAGCUGCCUUUUACUUAGAGCAUCACUCUUGAGGGCAGAGAACAUAUCCUAUUCACUCUUGGCGAUGUCUUAAAAUGUCCAUGUUCAAAGAAGAUGGAAGGGUGGACCAUGUCCAUAUAUCCUGGUGCCUUUGCCAAGAAUAUUACAGGACAAUCUGUGUUUUCAUCUCUGUCAGUGAAUGAGAAGUGCUGUCUGGUCCUCUCCCUGGCAUGACUGCCUUAAACCACACUGGGGUCAGCCACACCGUCUUCUACUUGCUGGGCAUCCCCGGCCUUGAGGACCAGCACCUGUGGAUUUCCAUCCCCUUCUUCAUUUCCUACGUCACCGCCCUGCUUGGGAACAGCCUGCUCAUCUUCCUCAUCCUCACGAGGCGCAGCCUGCAUGAACCCAUGUUCCUGUUCCUGUGCAUGCUGGCCGGGGCCGACCUGGUCCUGUCCACCUGCACAGUCCCUCAGGCCCUGGCCAUCUUCUGGUUCCGUGCUGGGGAGAUCUCCCUGGAUCGCUGCAUCACUCAGCUCUUCUUCAUCCAUUCCAUCUUCAUCUUUGAGUCAGGCCUCUUGCUGGUGAUGGCGUUUGACCGCUACGUUGCCAUAUGCUACCCUCUGAGAUACACCACUAUUCUGACACACACGCUGAUUGGGAAGAUCGGUGUUACCAUCGUUCUGAGAAGUUAUUGUGCCAUUUUCCCCAUCAUAUUUCUUUUGAAAAGGCUGACGUUCUGCCGAAGUAAUGUCCUUCCACAUACCGGUUGUGAACAUAUUGGCUUGGCCAAAUAUGCGUGUAAUGACAUUCGAGUGAACAUCUGGUAUGGCCUCUUUGUCAUAGUGUCAACACUGUUCUUAGACGUCCUGUUAAUUUUUGUGUCCUACAUGCUGAUUCUCCAUGCUGUCUUCCACAUGCCUUCCCAAGAUGCUCGUCACAAAGCUCUCAACACGUGUGGCUCCCAUGUUUCUGUCAUCAUCCUCUUUUAUGGGCCUGGAUUCUUCACCACCCUGACUCAGAGGUUUGGACGCCACAUCCCAGCUCAUAUCCACAUCUUGUUGGCCAAUGUCUGCGUGCUGGUUCCCCCGAUGCUGAAUCCCAUCAUUUAUGGGAUCAAGACCAAGGCAAUUCGAGAGCAGGUAGCUCACCUAUUGUUCCCGAAGCAGAAAUAACUUUGCAGGAGGCGCAGAGCUUUGAGCAUCUCGCUGUCUGUGCUGUGGAAGAUAGAUGUGUUGGGGGGAGACACAAGUGGGAAACUGAGUCCUAGGAAACAGCUCAGUGAGUUCGGAUUCCUGAGGAAGGCCCCACUGGGAGGUUCUAAGAUUUCCAUCUUCUGCCGUCAAGGCAACAGAGAGAGGUGCCUUGUUCUCCUGAGCAUGAGCUAUAUUCUCUACAGAGCCUGUGAAUUUCCAGAGUCAUGAAUCAUUUAUGUGACAUUCUUGACUUGGUAAUAGGUGAAUCGGGUACAGGGUGCUGGUUUUGCAUUUGUUCAGUGACUUCUCCCUGAGUUUCUCAUCCUUUGCGACAACUUGUGACAUUUUAGACAAUCAGAUAAAAGGGUACAAUGUUUCAGUCAUGCAGGAGGACUGAGUCUUGGAUAACACUGUAGGUAUGGUGAAGAAUACUGUGUUGUACACUUGAACUUUGUCAGGAGAUUUGGUCCUAGGUUUUGCAACACACCUCCAUACAUACACAGGUUGGAGGUAUGAAAGGGUGAUGGAGCUGUUACUUCACGUGAUUUGGAUUGAUCAUUUCCCUGUGUAUGUACUCUAUGCAUCCAAACAUCAUGGUAUACUCCUUAUAAGUGUUCCAUUUCUACUUGUCGAAUAGACCUCAGAGAAGCAGAACAAGGAGAAUUCACCUCACAUACAACCUCUCAAAUGGUUAAUCAUUUGGUAUGUGCUAUUCCAUUUUUUUUCUGUCUGUAUCUCUUCGUUUCUGUGAAAAAGGAUAAAUGUAGAUGGGCACAUAUGACACUGUGUAUUUAGAAAAGGGGGGUGAUAUUGAAAUCAUAGUGUUUUAGUGUGUGGCAUCCACUCAGUUGUCCAUGGCUUCCACCAGCUGCCUGGGAGAGGGCUCUUCCAUGUGGGUCCGUGUUAAUCCCUGCAAUGUCUUGUAGAACACGGGUUGAGGACACUGGAGAGGAGGUUUUCUUCUUGGCCAAGCAUCAUCCCCAGGUAUGACCUUGACUCUCGGGCAGGGGAAAUCCAUGAUGCUCUAGGGAGCUGCCCUAUUGUAGCAUCUCCUGAAUGGAACAACCACCACAUGCCUUUUUCCUGGUUCCUUUUUCAGCAGCAUGUUAUAGUGUUAGAAUGGAGUCUGUGCUAGACAUAGGGGAUGUGACCAGAAACCUUUGCAUGAACCCAAAGCAACACCAUUCCGUUUGAAAGGACUGAUAGACUUGUGCCCGGGAAAGACAUUGCAUAGAGAUGGGGUCCAAGCUCCCCCAGGAGAGCCUCCUUGCAUGGAACAGAAAUGCAGGACAAGCAGAGAAACGGACAUGAGCUCAGGCUUAGGUCUCCAUCCUGAGUAAUAGCGAGGACGAGCUUGCUUUAAGAAGUUGUUCCAGAUGAGAGAGGA